UUCUGCUCAUGAAUUUGAUCUUUCUGUGGAAGACAUUUUCCAAAUUCAUUCACAUGGGCUUGACUCUGAUGAUCAUACAGUACCUGUGUAAAAAUGACUGGUAGUGAAAAAUUUGCAGAGUGAGCAUUUAAUAAAUCUUAAUUCUUUCGCAGCAUUCAUGUUAGCGCUCUAAAAGAUAAUUAAACAAGAUCAUUGCAUGCUCUAAAUAUUAUUGUGAAUGAGUCUUAUGACAGCCCUUUUAUGUUUGGGUGACCUAGACGGGGAGAAGGAAGUAUUGGCUGGGGGAGGUACGGUUCAAGGGGUUGAUCUGCUGUCAAAGAGACAGAGGUAUUCAUUGUGGAAAUGGGGGAAAAAAAGUGUGAUAUAGUGUUCUUAUAGCCAUGUCAUGUACGGGGUCUCACAACAUCAGUUUAGCAGAAUUAGUGAUUUGAGUUCCACUGAUUAGAGCAGGGCUCUCCUGUCUGUAAUUCAAGUAGCCCUGAACACCUUGAUUAGCUGGUUCAGGUGUGUUUGAUUGGGGUUGGAGCUGAAAUCUGUAGGACGGUAUAGCUCCCCAGGAGCAGGGUUGGAGACCACUGGAUUAGAGUCUGGGUCUCUGCACAGGAUCGUUGACAGUGGUCCAAAAUAUAACUUUUCUGCAUACUUGCAAACAUGCUUAUAGUAAAUGAAAUUCAGAAUGUUUGUUUACCUUGUAUAUCUUUGCCAUUUAAAGCAGGUUUUAGCCUCUAUUGUUUCCUUGAAAAUGGUACCCCCUCUGAUUUUGAUUAGAUACAAAAAUCCUUCACUUCACAAGACACUUCAUGUCCCCAGUUCCUCCCCCAUUUUUUGGCCUAUGUUUUAAACAUCUUGACUCGUAUAAACAUCCAAAAUGGGGCUCUGCCAGUGUUUCGUGUCCCAUAUUUUGUUUUGAAGCUUGGAAAGUUGAAGACUUGUCCGGAGCCUCUCCAGUGCUGAGAUAUUUUGUAAACAGGCUUUACAAAAACCAGCUCUGUUUCGCCACCAGGAUCCCAAGCUGCACAUCAGAUGCUCAGUGAAGAGGUUUUGAAAUUGGCUGUGGGAGAUCCAUCAGCUUGUCUUCCUAUUGUGAGCUUUGCCUUCACGUCCUUUUCCCCCUCACUCACAGAGCACCUGGUUGAUUAUGGCGUGGAACUAACCGGAAUGAAUGAUUUACGAUUUAUUGAGAAUGUUUACAAGGUCUUGCGGGAGGUUUUCAGCUAUAAGCCACUGUUGACCAAACAGCAGUUCCUUCAGUUUGGCUUUGCUGAAAGGAAAGUCAUCAUUCUCAGUGAUAUCAUUGGCCUUGUUCUCAACAAACACAAAGAACUCACUAAAGAUAGCAAGCAUGUCAGUAAGGUAAAAAGAAGACCUCAGUUCAAGAGCUGCAGUAAAAAUGAGAUCCCUUCUGCUGAGAGUAACUCACUGGGGUUAACAGCCCUGACAGUACCUCAGAAGCAGCCACUGGUAGAAAGGCAUCUUGGCAGCAGCUCAGUACCAGCUCAGAUCAGAUGCUCCUCAGAAGAGCAACCACAGCAGGAAGAGGAAACAGAAAAGGACUCGUCUCAGCCUGCAGAUUCCAUUGAGUGUGUUUUAGAGAGCCGGCUGAGGGGUGUAGAAGCAGGUCUUCUGGAGAGUGUUGGCAGACUGGAGCAGCGAUUGGCCCUUAUGGAACACAGGAUUCAUGCUCUGGAGAAAAGCUUUGCUGGCAAGAUUAUCAUUGAAAGCAACCAGUGGGAGAACAUGGAGAGUCGCGUGCUGCUGCUGGAGACCAGGCUGGCACUGACCUCAGCACAGGGUCUAACUUCAGGAGAUGAUGUCCUCAGCACAGACAAUGGUAGAUUCAAAGAGGACACAGUAUCUGCAAGUGGCAUUUCUACUGUGAUUCAGCCACCAUCUGCCAUCAGUAAUAAUGGACACACUCCAGCCAGUUCUCCUCCGACAGCUCAUCAGAAUUUUAAAGAAAGGCUGGACAGAAUAGUUUACAUGAUGAAGGAUACAUCUAACAUUCUGCAAAACAGAACUGACGAUGUAAAUUUGAUCACAGUCCAGAGAAACGUAUUUUAAAGGAAUACAAUUUCUGUCAUUGUUUUUACUCACCCUCAUAUUGUUCCAAAAUUAGUGUGACGAAGACUUUCUUAUAAAGACCAAAAUGAAUUCAUUAAAAGUCUUGCCUAACACCAUAGGGUUAUGGUAUGGUGGCACCUGUAUUUCGAAUAAACCUGAUGGAAACUUUU